AUAUUUAUUAUAUUUCCAUGUCUCUUUUUAGAAGAGGAAAGCAGCUUUGGUAGUGCCAGUGUGAAUCACUGUUGUCCCCGAUGAUUUCUCCGGUGCUCAUCCUCUUCUCAGGUUUUCUUUACCAUGUUGCUAUUGCAGGACGGACUUGUCCCAAGCCAGAUGCAGUACCGUUUGCCACAGUCUUGCCAAUAAAAUCAUUCUAUGAGCCAGGCGAGCAGAUCACGUACACAUGCCAGCCAGGUUAUAUUUCCAGGGGAGGAGGGAUGAGACGGUUUACGUGCCCUCUCACCGGCGUGUGGCCCAUCAACACUCUGAAAUGUCUACCUCGAGUAUGUCCUUUUGCGGGGAUCUUAGAAAAUGGAGCUGUACGCUAUACAACCUUUGAAUAUCCCAACAUGAUCAGCUUUGUUUGUAACACUGGGUUUUAUCUGAAUGGAACUAGUUCUGCCAAAUGCACUGCGGAAGGAAGAUGGAGCCCGGCGCUUCCUGUCUGUGCUCCUGUAACCUGUCCUCCACCACCCAUACCUAAAUUUGCCAUCACGAGUGUUUAUAAGCCAUCGGUUGGAAACAACUCCCUCUAUCAGGACACUGCAGUCUUUGCAUGUUUGCCACGCUAUGCGAUGUUUGGAAAUGACACAAUUUCCUGCACAGAACAUGGAAAUUGGACUCAACUACCAGAAUGCAGGGAAGUAAAGUGCCCAUUUCCAUCAAGACCAGACAAUGGAUUUGUGAACUAUCCUGCAAAACAAGUACUUUAUUACAAGGAUAAAGCCACAUAUGGUUGCCAUGAUACAUUUACUCUGGAUGGCCCAGAAGAAGUAGAAUGUACCAAAUUGGGGAACUGGUCUGCCCAGCCAAGUUGUAAAGCAUCUUGUAAAUUAUCUGUUAAAAAAGCCACUGUGCUUUUCCAAGGAGAGAGAGUAAAGCUCCAAGAAAGAUUUAAGAACGGAAUGCUGCAUGGUGAAAAAGUUUCCUUCUUCUGCAAAAAUAAGGAAAAGAAGUGUAGCUAUACAGAGGAUGCUCAGUGCAUAGAUGGCACCUUUGAAAUCCCCAAAUGCUUCAAGGAGCACAGUACUUUUGCUUUCUGGAAAACUGAUGCAUCAGAUGUAAAGCCAUGUGAAAGUGAUUCUUAGACUCAAAAUUAAAUGUCAUAUUUGUAUCUGUGUUUGUCCAAGGAAACUAAUAAAAGUGGAAAAAAUAAACUUACAGAAUUUAUUGC